AUGACUGAAUCGUUGUUCGACACCAAGUUCACCGGCGACGCCGCUGGCGACCCCGCGCCCGUCGCCCUGGAGGCACCGCUGUACCCGUCCCCCGAGUCCGGGUCGCCCGCCGCCGUGGCCACGCCGCUGACCCUGCUCCCGCUGGUCGACGACACCGCCCUGUCGCUGGCGCUCAUCGUGUUCCGCGUGUUGGUGAGUGCCAAAGAGGCAGGCUGCCUUAUCGGCCAGCACGGCCUGGUCAUCGACUCCAUCCGCAACCAGACCAACACCCGCGCCGGCAUCUCCAAGUUGCAGCCGGGCUCCCACGAGCGCAUCUUGACGGUGCUGGGCACACUUGACGACGCCGCCAAAGCGCUCUCGUUGUUCGCGCAGACAUUGGUCAACUUGGGCGCCCAGGGCGCCACCCAGCCCGAGUACGCGUUCUUCCCGCUCAAACAGUUGUCGGCGACCCCCAACAUUGACGGCGAAACCACCACGUUGCGGUUGCUUGUCCCCCACAAGCAGAUGGGGACGUUGAUCGGCGCCAAGGGCGCCCGCAUCCAGCAGAUCCAGCAGAAGUACGACGUGCUGAUGAUCGCGUCGAAGCUGUUUUUGCCCAACUCCAACGAGCGGCUCGUCGAGCUCCAGGGGACCACCGACGCCCUCCACAGCGCCAUCCGCGUCAUCGCCCGCUGCCUCAUCGAAGACUUCUCGCUGAUGGUCGGCACUAAUUACUACGAACCGCGGGGCCUGGCCGGCCGCAACGACGACGCGCUGCUGCCACUGCAACCGCCGCUGAUGCUGCUGAAACCGCUGUCGCUGACACCAUCGCUGGCGUCGGCGCUGCUGCCGCUGGGGCCGACGGCGACCAAGCUCACGUUGCUGUUCCCCAACGACUUUGUCGGCGCCCUCAUCGGCAAGAACGGGCUGCGCAUCCAGGGGGUCCGCAAGGUGCUGGGGGCGGUCAUCGGCAUCAGCGACGAGGAAGAGGGCAAAAACGAGCGCACGUUCACCAUCUCGGGGCUGCACACCGCUGUGGGUAAAGCCAAGGAGAUGUUGUACCACAACUUGCACCGCGAAGAGCUGCGGCGCGCCAUGGUCCCCUAG